ACCUCUCUUUGAAUCUCUCGCUCCUUCUCUUCUUACUACAACUCCUCUUCUCUUUCCCUUUUAUCUGCCUCCCAGUUCUGUGUUUCCAAAGCGGCAUCCAGGCAGCCUGCAGCAUUAUCGUCGUUCAGGCUUUCACUCUUCUGUCUCUCUCUUUGAGACGUGAUAUCAUAUAUCUCAAACAAUAAUAAAUGGGAAUGGGUUACCUCUCUUGCAAAGCUGAGUCUUCUAUCAUCACUUGCGAUCCCUAUAACUGGGAUAGAAAGAAGAGAUCAAAAAAGCGUUAUAAUAAACCCAUUAAAAUCCGGCGCUUCUCUUAUGCCGAGCUCGAGUCCGCUACAGGGGGCUUCUCUCCGGCUUACUUUCUCGGUAAAGGUAGCCAUGGAAGCGUCUACAAGGCUGUUCUUGACGACGGAAAGCUCGUUGUUGCUGUUAAGAAGACUACGACGUUGGCCGGGGCCACGCUCCAUGACGACAACGUCAACAACAUUAACAACAACCCUGCGGACAACGAGAUCGAAGUCCUUUCGAGAAUUCGAAGCCCUCGUCUCGUCAAUCUUAUUGGUUUUAGUGUAGGUGCAGAAGAGAAGAAGCUAAUCGUUGUUGAGUUCAUGGAGAACGGAUCUCUUUAUGAUCUCUUGCAUUCCAGCCCUCGACCGCCCGGUUGGGCGAAGCGAAUCCGGUUCGCAUUGCAGACCGCAAAAGCGGUCGAUACUCUGCAUUCGUCGAACCCGCCGGUUAUUCACAGAGACAUCAAGUCGUCAAACGUGCUCGUUGACGGACAUUGGAAUGCCAGGCUAGGUGAUUACGGGUUGGCCCUGAGGGGACAUGUUGAGGAUGUAAGGAUAAGAUGUACGCCUCCGGCCGGCACUUUAGGGUACCUCGACCCCGGCUACGUUGCGCCGGAGAAUCUCAGUACCAAGAGCGACGUCUUCAGUUUUGGGAUCCUACUGUUGGAAAUUAUCAGUGGCCGGAACGCCAUUGACGUGAACUACAGUCCGCCUUCCGUCGUUGAUUGGGCCCUGCCACUUAUCAAGCAGUUUGAGUUCACUCCUCUGUUCGAUCCCCGGAUCGGGCCGCCUGGGGACCCGUCGGUAAUGCGCCAGUUGGCCGUGUUGGCGGCUCGGUGUGUCGGGAAGACUGCCGAGAAGAGGCCGUCGAUGGUAGAGGUGGUUGACUCUCUUCGAACUAUUAGCAAGAAAGUUCCCUCUGCAGUUUGGAACCACCUUAGGAGGCGGGUGAGGAAGCCAUCUCCGGUGAUUGGCCGCGAAGAAGAGAUUACUGUCAAGACCUCCAAACCCGGAAGUAGAACUUCGUCAUUGAGGAAUAGAAAGGUAUCCAGUGUUCAGGUUGGUGUUUGUUCUGGGAGAGAAGCAAUUAGUUCAACCAGUGCUGCUGCUCAGGAUUUCGAGCGGGAAGCAAUUGGCUCAGUCACUGCUGUUGGCGACGAUUUCGGGCUAGAGCCAAGCACUUCAAGUACAAGUAGUGCUGUUAUUGAGGAUUGUAGACAAGAAGAGUGUACUUCAAGCAGUGCUGUAGGUGAGGAUUUUGGGCUACGCCUAGAAGCAAAUAGUUCAGAUAGUUCCGUUGGUAAUCGUUACAUUCGAUCUAAAUCAACUGGUCCGGUUACUGCAACGAAAAAUGGCUCUGCGAGAAACCAGCUUGCGCUAAUUCAGAGGAAAUCAAGUUUAGCUGUGAGAAUGCCUGCUGUUAGAUUGUUGAACAAAUCCAGGUUUGUGGGUGUGUUGCAAACCACACGGUCGGUGCAGGGUAGUGAAAGAGGAUUCGUGUUUCAGCUGGUGAAAAAUCCUCAAUUUAGAGGGUUGAACAUGUCGAGAUGGGUUGUAAGUGUGGAGAAAGGUUCCCAGAAGAAAAUACUGGAUAGGGAUCGAUCAGCAGCUGUAUCUGUAGAAUUUACAUGAAAGCAAGAAAAUCCAUUAGGUGCCAAUACCAGAUCAAACAUGGAAGCAUCCUUAUGUAGUAGUCAGCCUUGGUGCAAGUGAGUACAACAACAUGUAUUUCAUCAUCAUCUAAUCCUUGUCCCAACUAUAUAGGGUCGGUAGUCAGUUACAUUGUGCUCAAUUGUUUUAUUGCUGGUAUCUUAUUUAUGCAAGCAGAACUCCAACAAUCACCGAAAAGGUGAAAUUUAUAUAUGCUUUUGAAUUUACUAGUUAUUUUCUCUUUCCAGAUGAAUAUUCCUCAGACAUAUUAAAAGUUGCCAAUAUGGCAGUAUCAUGGAAGUAUUUUCUUAUGCUGUUCUCUCUUGUAGCAUGACUUCCUGGUAUGACUAACAGGCACUUGCCCAAAUCAUUAUUGAGAAGAUUUUACUAUGUGUCUCUCUUCUAGAUUUUACUAUGUGUCUCUGAAGUAUAUAUCUACUUGAUAGUUCAAUGUUGGAUUUAAGAACGCUGAGGUAUUUUCUUA